AUGCUUACGACUCAGUACGAGAACUUCUGCAUGAAGGAAUGUGAAACUAUCUUUGAGAUGAACUCAAGAUUCACCUCCAUAACCAACGAACUUAGAUGCUUGGGUGAGCCUAUUCCUGUAAGCAAACAAGUUCGAAAGAUUCUCAAGGUGCUUCCCAAGUCUUGGGAAAGCAAAGUGGAUGCCAUAAUAGAAGCCAAAGAUCUAAUGACUCUUCCCAUGGAUGAACUGAUCGGAAAUCUUCAGACCUAUGAGUUGAACAAGAAACAGGGUACGACCGUGAAGGAAUGGAAGAAGGAGAAAUCGGUUGCCUUGAAGACAUCUCAAAAUGAUGUGACUGAGGAGGAGGAUGAGAUGGCGUAUGUCACUAAAAUAUUUCAAAAGAAUAUAAAUAAGCAUGGGGUUUCCAAAAGAAAGCUUCGACCAGCAGAACUGCUACUGCAAAUAAUAAAUGUGGUAAAUGAGUCAAGUGAAUUAGAAGAAUAUACAGAAAGUCAUGAAGAUGUUUCAAUGAUGGCUAUUAAAGAUGAUGAAAAUGUCUUCAACUCCAUCUUCUCAUUAAUGGCAAAGUCUGAUGAUGAAGAGGAUCUAAAUGAGAGAGGGAGUAGUCAAUGCUGGUAUAUGGAUAGUGGAUGCUCAAGGCAUAUGACUGGAAAUACUCUAAACUUCCUCUCUUUGGAAGCACACCAAGGUGGUGGUGUGUCAUUUGGCGUUGGAAAGAAAGGCUUUAUUCUUGGUAUUAGCAAGAUAGGAAGAACUGCAGAUCAUUCCAUAGACAAUGUACACUAUGUGGAUGGUCUGAAGUUUAAUCUCUUAAGUGUGUCUCAAAUUUGUGACAAGGGAAAUGAAGUCAAGUUCAUGUCUGAAGGGUGUGUGGUUACAAACUGUGCAACUAAGAAAAUUGUGAUGUCUGCAAAAAGGGUCAAGAAUAUGUAUGUUGCUGAUCUUGAUUCUAUUGAUGGAGACAACUUGUCAUGUCUGAGUGCUCAAACUGAUGAUGUCAACCUUUGA